GACUAGCUAACACAGUGUACACAGUAUACCUCAUUGAGUCUACACCGUCCUCACGUCUCUUAUUUUUGUACUCAAAAUUUUUUCUAUUUUUUAUUAAAUUUAUUUUAAAACUAAAAAAAUGUCGUGUUAUUCAGUUAAAAGUGAUGAUGAAGAAGAAUGCUUUUCUACAAGUGAUGUUGAAAUUAUGGAACCAGAAAUUAAAUCGAUGACGAAAUUGACCGGACAAAAAAGGAAAGAUGUGAAAAAUAGAAAAACGUUAAAAAAAAAACCAAAAAAAAAUAUUUCUUAUCAAGAAAAAGUUACCCAAUUAAUACAAAAUGAAAAAAUUGCAAAAGAUGUUAUGAAUUCGAUUACAAUCAGACAAAGUGGAGGAGUUGUAACUAUUAAAUCGGUUGCUGAUGAAAAAUGUACUGAUUAUUGGACGUUGGCACAUUAUAAAACAAAAAACAUUGAACAUAUUGAUGUUAAAGACAGGUGGAAACAUGCAGAAUGUUCAUUAAAACUAGCGAUAACAGACCAGUCGAAAGAUCAGAAUGUUUUAGGAGAGCUGAAUGAAAUUGUACAAACGCUCUUUGAUCGUUUUAUGAAAGACCCAAAAAAAAAAAUUAUACAAAACGUUUUUUCAAAAUAAUUUAUAUAUAUGUAUGAAUCAU